UGAAUGAGAAGCUGCAGACACUAUACCAGCGAGAGCACGCCAGGGCUGUUCAGAUGAGAUGUCGUUUUAGGUCAGUAGCAUAUGCAAUAAGUUUUACACACCUUUUAACGAGGCGAAUUUCAGAGCUUUUGUCUCGAGCGUCAGGCUGAAGGCGCGUAUCUGGACACUAUGCAUUGCCAAGCAGAGCUGAGACUCGCGGGCAGCGCGCAGCUGAAAGCAGUCAGAAGACGAUACAAGACUUUCAUGAUCGACGAGAUCCUCUCCAAGGAAACAUGUGAUUACUUCGAGAAACUUUCUCUUUACUCGGUUUGUCCCUCUUUAAUCGUCAGACCCAAACCUCUGCAUUCAUGCCCGGGCUCUACCCCUCUGAGGUCGUACCCUCUCCUCUCCGUGAUCACACACCAGCCUCAGUCUCCACACCUGCCCCUUCUCUCACCCCAACACCCGCUCAGCUCAGAGCCCGCGCACAGCAAGACCCCCGUCAGCAUCAGCAGCGAGUCCGAGACGGAGCACUCCACCCCGCGACUGAAGAAACCCCGCCGCAGCAGGACCAUCUUCACUGAGCUGCAGCUCCUGGGCCUGGAGAAGAAGUUCCAGAAGCAGAAAUACCUCUCCACUCCCGACAGAUUGGACCUGGCUCAGUCUCUUGGACUCACUCAGCUCCAGGUGAAGACAUGGUACCAGAACAGACGCAUGAAAUGGAAGAAAAUGGUGCUAAAAGGAGGACACGAGGCUCCCACCAAGCCUAAAGGCCGACCUAAGAAGAACUCCAUCCCGACCACAGAGGAGAUCGAGGCCGAGGAACGGCUGGCGGCCAAACUGGUGGAGGAGGAGAAACAUGUGGAAGACGAGGAGGUCUUCCAAUCUCAACCUCAAGAUCUCAGUUCAUCCGCUGCAUCUACCGAGUCGGUCUGUCCAGAAACCCCGGCGCUAGAACAGGCUCCUCCAUCUCCGUCAGAAGAAAUGACCACCAGCUAAACACAGCCAUGCUGAUGCACAACCAAAGACAGCUACUGAAAGACUUUUC